AUGCCCGAGCAUCUUUCCUGCCUUAUGCUGUUAUAUCCGGGCGGCGCUGAGUCAGACCAGGAUCGCCGGGUUUAUUCGGUUGCAUGCUCGCUCUUUGGCACUACGGGGCGAGACAAGUUGCCAAGACCUGCCAAAGCCGACAGGGCGAUCGGUUUGUGGACCGUGCGUUACGCCUGGCAGUGGACCCCGCGUUGCUGCAUCUCCGCACCGCGGCAGGCGACCCGACAUGAUGCCCAUGAGCCCUGUCCCAACCUAAAUCGAACCUCUGCAGACUCGAGGGACGACAGCAACGCUGGGCCGUCGGCAACAGGCACCGUCGUGAUGGACAUUGCCUACGAUCAUAUUCAAGAAUCAACUUACCCAGAGGAACAGGGUGAUUCCUCGUCGUCUGGGGAAAAGAAGCCGGCCCCUCAGCCAAGCUUGAAUGACGAUUUUCAAGAUGCGUACCGCGCCUUCUCCUCUAGCCCCUGGGGUGCCCGGAUCGGGGGCUUCUUCGGCACCGUGGUGAAGCAGGGUGGAUCUGUUUACCGCGAGGCCCAACAGGAGCUCUCGGCCGUGGGCCAGGAUGCCACACGCGGCUUCACCGACCUGCGCCAGUCCAUCAUCCAACGCACACGAGGACUGUCUCUAAACACCUCCGCCCCGCCAGUGCUAUCCCCGGACCAGGCGACCAGAGAAGCUGGCGACAAUGCCGACAAGACGCCCACGGCAACCAAGGACCUGUCUUCGGAGGCCGCGCUCCAGGAGUCGGAGACGGUGCUCUCUCGGUUGCGGGGCGAGGCAGCGAAGCGGCUGAAGGACCUCCAGCAAGCGGAGGACGCAGCAGACGAGGCACUUCUCCGGUUUGGUUCCAACCUUCGGGACUUCUUCCGUGACGCCAUCACCAUCGCCCCUCCGAGUGGGGACCAGGCGGACAGCAGCCGGGCCAAUACGGGGGUGCUCUUUGAGAGUAAGGAUGCGCACGGCAAGAGGGUGAUCCACACAUCGCGGUUCGAUGCGCAGCUGCAUGUCAUCCACACGUCACCGGAGAGCUUCAGCAAGGACGGGACUGGGGCUGAGUUUGAGACUUGGGGGAAGGAGUUUGACAUCGAUAAGAAGACGGCGGAUAUCAGCAGCGACUUGGAGAAAUACCCCGAGCUGAGGUCAACUAUGGAAAAGCUUGUGCCCGACCAGGUCCCGUACGCCGAUUUCUGGAAGCGAUACUACUUCCUCAGGCACGGCAUCGAGACCGCUGAGGCACGGAGGAAAGAUCUGCUCAAGGCUGCUGCGGCCGAGGAGGAGGUUGGAUGGGAUGAGGAUUCAGAUGAGGAGGAGGAAAAGAAACAGGAGGAGGCCAAGGUGGAUGUUAAGAAAGAGGUUAAAGAGGAGGAGAAAGAGGGGAAGAGUCAGGGGAAGGGGAAGGAGGAGGAACAGGAGAAGGUUGAGGAGGUCACAAAGAAGGAGGAGGCUAAAAAGAAGGGUGCAGAGGACAGUGACGAGGAGAGCGACGAGGAAGAUGAGGAUUCAGAUGAGGACUCCGACGAGGAUGAUUCGGAUGAAGAGUCGGAUGAUGAGGCCGAUGUUGGACCUAGAAAGAGGGCGGGAGUCCCAAGACGGCCAGGUUCGACGGGGUCAUCGGCCACAAUCCAACCACCAGCGGCCGGCCAAAGUUCCCUCAAGCCGUCAGAGCCACGAAAGUCCAACGACGAGAAAUCGCAGGCGGACAGCGAGGCGAGUUAUGACGUGGUUGGGGCUAGAUCCGGCGUUCCCAGCCACGCUCCAAACAGUCCGAAGGAGGCACGCGGCGAUAAGGGUGAAAGCAGCGAUGACAGCAGCGACGAGGAGGAUUGGGAGUAA